GGGGCGCUCAUGGCAAGCGGGGAUACUUGUGCGCAUGCGUUGAGGGAUCCGCGGCUGAGGAUGUGCGCAUGCGCAGAGACUUUCAGCCGUUGAGGCCUGACGAAUCGGCCGUAGGUUGCACAUGAAGCUGCCUUGAAGUACUGGAGAGAAGCCAAGUCCCACACUCUUCACAGACAUGUCUACAGUCAACUGCUGGAAGCUUCCCAGAAGAAUCUGUAAUUGGCGAACAUAUUCAAAAACCAGUAGAUGCACUGAAGUGAUGAGACCUGAAGAGAAGAAAGAGAAUGAUAAUAACAAGCCAGGUGUAAGGUUUGACAGGACCAAUCUCUUCCUGCCUGGCACAGACUCUCCAAUGCUGGAUUAUAAAAUAUAUUCCUGUCCUGCAGCAUACGCCAGUACUAAAAUCCAGGCAAAGCAGAAUGUUUCCAAUGAAACAGAUGAUUACAGAGAUGCCUUCUCACUCUUAUUGGAACGUGUUCCAUCCAUUGUGGGAAUCAAGCAAGUGCGUAACACCUACAUGGUGACUUGUUCUCGCCGAUUGUCCAGUGUCAGAAACACGCUGCUGGAUCUGGCCUAUGGCAAGUCCAACGAAAACCAGCGUGGUGAUGCCUGGUGGCCUGUCACUUCAAAGGAAAAGCCAGAGUUGGACAUUGUGGAGGCCUAUGAUACAAAAGAAGACCCUCGAGGAUUUCAGAAAAUAGGAAGUGCCUACAAGGGUCUUUGUUUCUGCAACUUGGAGCAGAGAGAGGCCCUCUCUGUGAAAGAGGGGCAGAAGAUUCUCUGUAAUGUUUCCAUCUUGAAAAGCACCCUGACCCCAGGGAGCAUAUCUGACUAUGUUUGGCAGCUGAGCUGGUUGCCAGCCGAGCAACAUGUGCUGCUGAAGGCAGAUUCCCGCUUUGCAAUGCUUUGCCGGUACAGCGUCAACAGCCUGGGAGCAUUGACAUUGCCUCAGCUCUUCCGACUUCUCGAGGCCAUGGUUCGCCUUCAGGUGUCCCCUUCCCACACAUUCCUGAAGGCCCUCGAGGCGGAGUUCUGUCGCCGCGUGUGGGAUAUGGAGUUUGAUCAGCUCUUGUUCCUGGCCGACUUGUGGCGCUGCCUUGGGCGCAGUGUGCCGCGGUACAUGGAGCUGCUUCUGAGCUAUGUGGGGUUGCGGUGGAAAGAGCUGACCAUGCCCCAGCUGAUUCAGCUCCUCUACAUCAUUGGGGAAAGUCGUCGAGCACCUCCGGAUCUCAUGCAGAAACUGGAACUGCUGCUCUCCACUCACCUGGACCAGAUGAAUAUGGAGGAAGUUGGAGCUGCUUGCCUGGGUUUUUUCAAGUCAAAAAAUGGAUUUUCUGAGCAGUUGAUGAGGAGAAUUGGUGACAAGGUUGCCGCAAAGAUGGAAGACAUUAGCAACUAUAGCUUGGUGAAUGUAAUGAAAAUGUUCCGUUUUACACACUUGAGCCACUUGCCUUUCUUGGAGCGACUAGGGGAGGUAGCAGCUGAACGGAUUCCUAGUAUUGGCACUCAGGGGGUAAUGCAUAUUGUGCUGGCAUGUGCAUCAUUGCAUUAUCGAGAUAGUCGUCUGUUGGAUGCUGUUGCUGCCAAGGUGCCUUCAAAGGUACAGUACUGCAGGAGCAAAGACGUUGCCAAAUACCUCUGGUCCUUUUCAGCUUUGAACUAUGAACCUGAAAAUGCAGCAGAAUUUUUCUCCAGCUUAACUGAGCAGAUACACCAUAAAAUGCAUGAAUUUCAGCGUUUCCCAGAGCACUUCCUCACGGCUUUGUUGGCGCUGGCAUUUACUCAGCGCUUCCCUCACGACCUGAUUGAUGCUGCUUUGAGUCCAGAGUUUAUUAAGCUAGCGACCGAAGGGAGUCCAUUUGAGCUGAAGAAAGACCUCUUCACACUUGACGGAACGGUGGCAAUUGAGUGCCCCGAUUACAAAGGCCAUCGCCUGCCAUUGCAGUUACAGCAGGAAGUUACAGAAAUGCUCUGGAAUUUUGCCAGGCAGGACAUUUGUGUGAAGCCUGAGAUGGUCGAAGCUGCCACUUUGCUGCAAAUCAUGCUGGGUGGCCCUCAGUUUGUAAAGAAUCACCUGAUUUUGCCACAUACCAGGUCAGCUGACCUUGAGGUGCACUUUGACUCCACUGGUAAGCCGCUGCCAUUUCACACAGAAGUGAUGAACAAAGAUGUGCAAAAGCUUGAGUUGAAGUUCAACAGUGUUCAGGUCACUGAUGAGUUAAUUUCCCAACUUGCAAAACGCAGUACCAGCAGGUCCAUUUUAAAAAGUGACCCUGACAACUUGGGUGUGAGAGAAGAUGAGGAGAUGGUUAAUAAUUUGCACAAAACUGAAGAUGUUAAAGAAAGAAGACACGUGGGAUUUAAUCUAAAACUAUUUAGAAAUGAUGUUCCCUUUACAGACAGUCUCCUAAGCUCAUUGACUAACUCAAAAAUUGCAGACAAAGAAACUGCUCGUCAGCCGAAAGAACCAUCAGAAAUCCGAAAACUUGCCAUUCAGGUAUCUAACCGCAAUCACUACUGCCACAGUUCCCACAUCCUUCUGGGAUUGCAUAGUAUGAAGAGGAGGCAGCUGGUUCGAGCAGGCUAUGUAGUUGUAGAGCUUCCCUAUUGGGAGUGGGUCCCGUUACUUAAAAGAACUCGCUCUGAGAAAAUGUCCUACCUGCAUCAGAAACUCUACAAUUCACUGGAUUGAAAUUAAAAUUGUCUUCCAGAAAGGAGAUAAUGUUUUCAGACUAGAAUCGUACAUUCUGAAACUCAGCAAUUUCUGACUUUAAUUCAAUUAAGAAAAAAGUGAACUACCUAUUCCAUGUCAAACUCCUUGCUUUAUCUUAUGAAGAAAUAUUUUUUUGGGAAUCUACUGGUACAAGAAACUCAGUAUUAAAUUUGGCUGGUCUGCCAUUGCUGCGAUUGAUCCAAAUUAGCUGUUGUGUUUUCUACGAAAACUGAUUUCUCUCUACUUUAUCCCUUAUUCCUUCAAAGGCAUCGACACUUCAUGAACAUUGACUAGUAUGCCAUCUAUAUUUUCAUUUUGUGAAAUAGGUUUUUGGAUGUAGACAGACUAUUGUGUAGUGUCAACGCUUGCACAUUCACAUGGCCUAUGAGCCACUGAAUUACAGUCAGGCAUAAGACUCCGGUUACUAUAUUUUUCCCCUCCCAGCUAAAGGGCUGUGAGGUAACCUUUACGUUCCCUGUGCCUGACUGACAUCAGUUAACCUUCCUGCUCCUCAUUCUGAAAACUCUUCAAGCAACACCAUUCAUCUAGAUCUGAAUCAGUGUACUUCCAGAAGGUGACAUGAUGAUAAUCUUACGCAGAUAUAAAAGAAAGUCAGCAUAUUAUGUUUUACAUCAACACCAUUGUAAAUUAAGAAUAAUAAAAGCCUUAUUACAAGAAUUUGAUGUGCAAAUUUAAAUCAUUAAUAUGUGGAUUGAUAUGAAUUCUU